UUCUGACGGAGAUUUUGUUCUUCUCAAAGUAAGGAAAGGCAGAAAAAUGGAUGCGUUACGUAAGGCAGUGGAUUUCUGCAUCCGCCACCAGAAAGUUCUGGGUUACAGCACCGUGUCCCUGCUGACAGUUGCUAUGGAGCACAUCUUCUCAGUUGUGGUGUUCAAGUGUCCCUGCAAUUCUGGGAACAUGCUCUAUGGUCUUUCCUUCCUCUUAGCACCUGCCUUCAUCCUUUUGCUGCUUGGCUACAUGGCGAAUGCCAGGACAUGGCUUCUGUUGACAGGCGGGUGCUCUCGGGAGAAGCACGUCCAAUGCAGCUCUGGGAGAGCCUGUGGCUGCUUGUGCCAGCUGUUGCGGAUGACAGCCAAAGCCUCGGUGGCCCCGCUCACCUGGAUAGCGGUGGCCCUGCUUGGAGCUAAUUUCUACGAGUGCGCGGCCAGCGGGAGCAGCCUGACAGCACACUUCUUCUGUAAAGAGAAUAGAACUGUCUGCCAAACCCAGCUGCUCCAAGUGCCUUGUGGCGAGGAAUUACCAGCAAAUACAACACCUGAAAGGCUCAGCCUCAAGGCACAGUCCCAGCUGUUUGGAUGGUUCUUGAUAGCCGCCAUCAUGACUGUGGCACUGAUUUCAACAUGUUUCAGCCACUGCUGCUCCCCAGUCAGCUAUCUUCAGCUCAAGUUCUGGAAAAUUUACACAAAAAAGGAACAUGAACUCUUUGAGACCAAAGCCAAAGAACAUGCAACCAAGCUAGCAGAAAGAAAUACUAAUUGCUUUUUUGAAGCCACUGACCCAGAACCAUUUCAUACUCCCAGCAGAGAAGACUGGCAGAAGAUUUCAUUCUUGUAUACCUUUAAUCCCCAAGAGCAGCAUUACAGCAUGAUACACAAAUACGCGAGUACCAACAGAGGCAACAGCACUGAAUUCAAGGAAGAAGGUCAGGAUCACAUGAUUUUAGAAUUUGUGGAGGAAGCCCAGGAAGUGUUGUAAUGAAACAAAUCCUUUGCAAUGCUAGCAGUCUUUUAACCCUACCGAUAUAAGACGUCUUAUUCUCUGCUCUUACUGAAAUCUAUGCAAACUGAAAGUGAAAGCUGAUAAAAAGCUGAAAGUUGUAACCCUCAGUAGAUUUGCUU